GUCUUGUUUCCCACCUGCCACUUUCCGCUGUAGUGAAGCUUUUUCUCUUUCAACCUUGGUCAACCGUACUUCUUCCCAGCAAAACUUCUAAUCUUCGAAAAAUCAGCAACGUAUACUCAAUAUUUUGCAAGACUUGGAUACAAUGGAUGACAUGAAUGGCGUGAUCCCAGAACGUCGGACACAAGAAACGGAACUACAACCAACAAUCCCAAAUGCACCAAGUACGGAGACUGUAUCACAACCCGUAGAGGCAGCUACGAACGCAUCCAUACCACAACAGGAUCCAAUACAAGAGCCCAUAGUAAAUCUAGAUCCUACAGAUGAGCUAGGACAACCACCAGCCCAGGCACCGGAAUCAAUACUUGAGCAGCCAAUACCAGUGACCAUAGUAAAUCCUGCACCACUACCACAAGUACUAGAAGAACAACUUGCACAGCAACCCACAUUGACACAAGAACAAAGACAAGGAGCUGCAAGCAGACCAAUUCCACUCAAUCGUCCUCUGCAAGAUCUAUUUCAGGAUGAUCGAAGACAGGACUUCUUCAAUAUAUGUGUUCCCAUGUAUGAAGCAUCGAUGAAAGGAGAUUGGAAUGCAGCAUGCAACAUCCUUAAACGUUUCGCUCGGCCAAAUCAUGAUCAGGAUCAGAGUUAUCUGCUACGGUUUAGCAUCACUGAUAAUAGUGAAACCGCUCUUCACAUAGCAGCAUCAACUCAAAACGCAGAUUUCGUGAGGAAUCUUGUGGGCCUGAUGCAAAUUGAGGACCUGCGGCUUCAGAAUAAUAACGGCAAUACUGCCCUCUGUUUGGCAGCUAUGGCAGGAAAUGUUGAAAUUGCAAAAAUUAUGGUGAAUCAUAAUCCAAACCAAAACCAGACCCAAAACCACGAUACAAGUUGUUCUUGUGAUGACGUGUGUCGUUGUUGGAUGGCCCCUAUGUUGUCGCUAAAGCGCUUUGGCGGCGACAUUUUCCGGCGACGUGUGUCGUCGCCAAACCAGGACCAGAACCAGAACCAAAACCAAAAUGAGCAUCAAAACCAGAACCCGAACGGGAACCAGAACCAAAACCGGAAUGAGAAUCAAAACCAGAACGAGAACCAAAACCUGCUGACAAUCCGUAAUAAUGCAGGAAUGACACCGCUUCUUAUUGCUGCUUUAUAUGGGAAGGGUGAGAUGGUGACUUAUCUCGACGAAGAAAUGAAUCGUGAUGGAUGGGAAUACAGGGAGAAUAAAUGGGUUUGCUUAAAAUGUGUGGAGACUGAUCUAUUUGAUAUUGCACUAUCAAUAUUCCCAAAGAUCCCGGUCACUAAUGACGAUUACGCAGAGAUUCAAAGUAUACUUGGCGUUUUGGCUCGAAAGCCUGCUGCAUUUGAUGAAACGGAGAAAUCAUACCUCAAUUCAAUGAGAGCGUGUUUCAAGGGGAUAUCUCAUGAGAACACUACAAAUAAAGCCAAGCGAUUACUAACACAAAUUUUGACAGCCACGGAAGGAUAUUCAAAGGAUGUAUUAUACACAGUACUUAGAGGCCCUCGAGGUCCUCGAACCACUGUGACCCUUACUGCUACAGAUCAUAGUCAACCACCAAACCAAAUCGAUCCAUACCCUUCUCGGAUACUUUUUGUUGCUGCAGAAAUGGGAAACGUUAAAUUCAUAGUUGAGCUUAUACGUAAGUAUCCAGAUCUUAUAUGGAAGGUAGACCGUGAUAACCGGAGUAUAUUUCACGUAGCUGUCUCUCGUCGCCAUGAGAGUAUCUAUAAUUUGUUAUACGAGAUUGGGUCGAUGAAGGAUUUUAUAGUAGUUCUCAGAGACACAAAGGAGAACAAUAUGUUGCAUUUAGCCGGUACCAUGGUAGAUAAAAACCAACUUAAGGGCGUGUCAGGGGCAGCUUUUCAGAUGCAACGUGAAUUGUUGUGGUACAAGGAAGUAAGGUCUAUGAUACCUGCUUCUUACCAUGAAAGGAAAAACAAAGAUGGUAAAACACCACACGAGCUAUUCACAGAGUCGCACAAAGAUUUACUUUUCGAAAGUGAGAAGUGGAUGAAAGGAACAGCAAGUAAAUGCAUGUUGGUUGCUACACUAAUAGCCACAAUGGUAUUUACAGUUGCUUAUACAGUUCCAGGUGGGUACAACAAUGGGGAUAACAACAAUGGGAAUAACAAGAAUUGGGAUAAAAAGAAUGGUUUUCCUGUGUUCCUUGACUUUGCACCCUUCAUUGUGUUUGUCGUCUUAGACGCCAUUUCUUUAUUCCUAUCUAUCAUUUCAAUUCUCGUGUUCUUAUCCAUUCUCACUUCUCGUUAUGCUCAAGAGGAUUUCAUAAAAUCAUUGCCCGAUAAGUUAAUGUUUGGUCUGUUGAUGCUUUUCCUCUCGAUAAUAACCAUGAUGAUUGCUUUUAGUGUCAGUUUCUUUGUGUUAUACCGUCACAAGUUUACGAUAGUAGCGGGUUCUAUAAGCCUGCUUGCUCUUAUAUCUAUCAUUGCAUAUGCCGUACUGCAUAUUCCUCUUAUAAAGGACAUGUGGCGCUCAAGAUUUAGUUCAAGCAAUCUUUUCAAGCCAAAAAAACCAAUGCUUUACCAUCGGAAUCCUACAGUCUAGUCCUGUUAUUGGUACUUUCAUGUGAAUUUGAGGAUUUUGUUUUGUAUUUAAAACUUAUUUUUUUUCAUUAAAGUUAAUAUGUAUUUCUAGUACUAUUUAUACUAUCUUGUGAAUCAUAAAACUUG